AAGUCACAACUUAAGAGGGCGACGCCCGCGCGCACUCGAGGGGAAAGUGGGGAGUUCGGCGACCGAGAGAGUGAGCUAUGGGGGGCGGCGGCGAGGCGGAGACGCAGACGCUGGUGGAGGCCGCCCUGGAGGUCUUGAACACGCCCGAUCCGUUCGAGAAGGCCCGCCUUGGCGAAGCCGUGGCCGCCCGCUGGCUGCUGGACGACAUCUCGGUCCUCUAUCGCGAUGAUGGCCCUCCCCCUCUCGUCCCUGACCGACCGGCCCGUCUCUCGAGUGUGAAACUGGUGUCGCCGAGCAUGAUGCCGAAGCUGGGCAAAGCCGGGAGUUUGCAGAGCCGGCAGGCCAUCCUACAUAGCCUUGCCCACACUGAGAGCUGGGCUAUUGACCUUUCCUGGGACAUCAUUGCUCGUUUUGGGAGGCAGGAGGCAAUGCCCAGGGAAUUCUUCACUGACUUUGUGAGGGUGGCCCAGGAUGAAGGUCGGCACUUCACACUCCUCGCUGCAAGGCUGGAGGAGGUGGGGUCACACUAUGGGGCUCUCCCUGCCCAUGACGGCCUUUGGGACUCUGCAUUGCAGACCUCCAAAAGCCUGUUGGCACGACUCGCCGUGGAGCACUGCGUCCAUGAGGCUAGGGGGCUAGAUGUACUUCCCACCACCAUCUCCCGUUUCCGGAAUGGAGGGGAUGAACAAACAGCAAAUCUGUUGGAAAGGGUUGUGUAUCCAGAAGAGAUUACACACUGUGCUGCUGGUGUCAAAUGGUUCACAUAUCUGUGUCUUCGGACACCUAAUGAGCAUCAUGGUGCAGCGCUAAUUCAUGACAGUACUGGAUCUGCACAACCUUUGGAGGGAGAAAGUAUCCCAAAUCAGCAUGAGGUUGAUCAUGGUGACGGUGAGCUGACACAAGAUCUUGCUCAAAAUUUCAAAACCUCUGUAGCAAUAUGCCACGGCCAACAGGAGAUGGUAAUCCAGCGUUUUCAUGCCACCGUCAGAGAAUACUUCAGGGGUCCACUUAAGCCCCCUUUCAAUGUGCAAGCGAGGAAAGCUGCAGGGUUCGGACCCGAAUGGUACGAGCCCUUGGCACAGAAAUAGGCGAAGACCCAAAAGAAAAAACUGAUUCUUUACCUCUCUUCCAGACGAUCCAUUUCUUGAUUUACAAGUUCUAACAUAUUCUACUUGGCAAACUUCAUCGGUCACCCUGCGUUACAGAUGCAGCAUCAGUUUUGCCCAUGGCUGUUGAACUACAUACUGAAUUCUUUUUUUUUUGUCCUUGCGAUUUAUUAUGAUAUUUUGAAUUGCAAGCCAGUAAUGUAAGACAUGAUUUGGUGGCAGAAUAAGAUGAGCUAACAGUCAUGAUGCUGUCGGUGCUGCCAGCCGA